UUUCUCCAGAAUUCUAAGCCUAGACGGCUAGACCUAAUCUUCUUCAUCUUCUUCAUCAGUUCUUUCCAUUCCUAAACCUUAAACCCAGUUGGGUUUCGUAGCCAGCCAUGAAAAUUUGAUUGAAGAUUCAACUGGAUCGAUCGCUCCACCUAAUCGUUGCUGCAGAUUCAUCAGAAUCGUACUCCCAAGAUCCUCGUCGCCUGAAUCAAUCCAAAACAACCCAAAUCAUUCAAAUUCCACCUGGUACGUGAAAAGGAUUAGAAGAUUAUGCAAUGAGCCAAGGACAAGAAGCUGCUGAAUUGAUGAGGAUGAAUGAUUCGCUUAGCGAAUUGCCAGAUGACAUUCUGAACAAGAUUACUUGUAUGAUGGACAUACAAGAUGCAGUGAGGACAAGCAUUUUAUCGAAAAGAUGGAGAUAUAUCUGUUCUAAAAUGUUUGAAUCACUCCUUUCUAUUAAGCUUCAAUCUAUAGAUAUAAGCAAUCUUGAACUGACUGAGGUUCUAGAAAAGUGCCCAUUACUUGAAAAAUUGACUCUGCGUAGCUGUUCUAAGCUCACCUCUUUGAGAAUUGGUCAUUCCAACAACACUCAUCUGAAGAUUUUGUCCUUGGAAAAUUGUUUCAAUCUUAGGGAGAUUGAUGUUUCUGCUAACAAUCUCCAUACACUUGAAUUGAGGGGUGUGUCAAGAUGGUCCAAAUUUGAUAUCAAAACCCCGAGACUGGUUAAUGCUUUGUGUCAUGAUAUCUCGAUGUUCGAAAGUCUAAUUUUUCCGUCAAAAUUAUCUGCACAAAACGUGGAUGGUGCAAUGCCUGCAUUGCCUAUUCCGAGAGUCUCUCGAUUCUCUAGUUUAAGGCAAUUCUCUACUGUGAGGCGGUUGGUUUUGUCUGUUUCCCCAUUCAGCAAAAAUGAUAGAUUGUUAUGGGUCAGUUAUAUCUUCAUGGCUUUCCCCUUGCUGGAAACUUUGGAGCUAAAUUUGUUCUGCCCGAAGAGGCAGCCGAAAGAGAUAUGGAAGGACGUCCUUGACAAAUGCCCUAAUAGAUCCAUAACCAAGCUAGAGUUGAAUGGUUUUGCAGGAAACCAUCACGAAGUUUACUUGCUUAGGUAUCUAUUGGAGAAUCUAUCCGGGCUUAGAGUAUUGUCCAUUUGUCCAUCGGAGAAGGUGUACAAUAGCUGCGAUGGUUGGGUCAAUGGAAAAGAAAGCAUUUUGGGAAAAGAAUGGUUUGAAAAUCAUUCUGGAUGGGUUCGUUCAAUAAUUUCUCCAUCUGUUCAUCUAGAGUUUCUAUACUACCAUCAGCCCUGACCCGCGAUUGAAGACUUUGAAUUGGGAUUCAGGAAAUUUGUGAAUUACUCCUCUCCUCAUAAUGCAUGCGGCCAAGUGAUCAAGCAGUCCAGGAAUUAAGCUUCUUUGCUAAUUAAAGUUGUACUGUUAAAUUUAUCCUCCAAAUCCAAAUGUGAACUUUUACAUACUGUCUAAUUCUUCUGAAGAUAUUUCUUCUCUGUUUGGCUAUUUUCAUAAAUAGGACAUAAAUAAAAUUGAAGAAUAUUUGGUUUG